AUGCCUUUAGUCUUUAGAACAGCAAUGCUGUCGGUUGGGCUUUCAUUAUCUCUGCUGGGAUGGGUUUUAUCUAUCAUUACAACUUAUCUGCCACACUGGAAGAACCUCAACCUGGAUUUAAAUGAAAUGGAAAACUGGACCAUGGGACUGUGGAAAACCUGCGUCAUCCAGGAAGAAGUGGGGAGACAAUGCAAGGACUUUGAUUCCUUCCUGGCUUUGCCGGCUGAACUCAGGAUCUCCCGGAUUUUAAUGUUUCUGUCAAAUGCGCUGGGGUUUUUGGGCCUGCUGGUCUCGGGGCUUGGCCUGGACUGUCUGAGAAUUGGAGAGAGACAGCAAGAUCUCAAGAGGCGACUGCUAAUCCUGGGAGGAAUUCUGCUGUGGACCUCAGGAGUCAUGGCCCUCAUUCCAGUCUCUUGGGUUGCCCACAUCACAGUCCAGGAGUUCUGGGAUGAGAACAUCCCAGAGAUUGUCCCCAGGUGGGAGUUUGGGGAAGCCCUCUUUCUUGGCUGGUUUGCUGGGUUUUCUCUUAUGCUAGGAGGGUGUCUGCUUCACUGUACAGCCUGCUUGGCCUCAGCUCCUAGAGCUUCGGGCCACUAUGCAGUGGCAGAAAUUCGACCCCAGUGUCCAUACAUGGAGAAUGGAACUGCAGAUCCUCAAGUGUAAGGGGCCAACAAGGCCAACAUCAUAUUCUGUGUCAGCUAGGAUGACGAAGAGAUCUUUGUUAUGUAACUAAAUUUGUGCUGCUUAUAUUUUUUCAUUCCAUAACUAUUUUUCUAUACUAGACUCUUGCUUCCCAACUCUAGAGAACAAUGAAAAAAAAAUUUAUGUCUAAAAGAAAACCUUAUGUCAAGUAUUAUAUAGGUAUGAGUGAGAAAAUAUCACCGAUCUGGUCAUUUAGAUCAACAUGUGGUAGUGGCUGUUUAGUAUCUUCAAUCUGGAGCCUUACUGCAGUAAUUUUAUAUGGCAAAGCUUUGUUGUUACUUGGUUGGUAGCUGGAAAUGAAUAAUCAGUUUCUGUUUUCUAAAGACAAUAACAAUCUGUGUUGUACAUUAAUAAAAGCACGUGAUAAGCCAAUCUCAGUGUCAUUUCCACACAACAACUCUGCUCUUCUUUGAACAGGAGAGGUUGUGUCUAAGAAACUCCUUAGUCUCCUCUUCAA